UUGUAAUACUAUAAUAUAACCCAACAAUAUCUAAAAUCAAUUAGGUAUUCCUCCUUCUCUUCUCUUUGAUACAAAGAAAAGAGGUUAACAAAAUCAUGAAAGCUCUUACCUUAAUCCUCACAUUCUCCAUAAUUGUUGUUUUGUCACAUGCAACACCAACAAUGUUCUAUCGACAUAGACCACCUUCUCACAUUACCAAACCACAAAAUGGAACAUGCAAAUACACGAUCACCGUAGAGAUAAGAUUCCUUCCUCAAGCAGAUACAAAAAAACUCAGGAUUCAUACCGAAUCUGAUAUCUUCACGCAAAACGGGACAAAUAUAUUUAAGACAACGGAACCAUGUCUCGACAAAAUCUGCAAAGUGAGGCUAGCUCGGGAACCAUUAACAUCGCAUUUUCUACCUAUGAAAUGGAUAGCAGAUUAUGUCACCAUAGAAGACUCUAAGAACCCUCCUAUCACAUUUAAUUUUCCCAAUGACACUUUUGGCUUUGAAGACUAUAGGAGCAACUAUAUAUUUUGAUUUUAAUUACGUUCCUAAACUACUCUACUAUUGUAAUAAACUUUUUUUAACAAAGAUAAGUUUAUUAUAUUUCAUAAAAUAUAGAAGCUAAGGUUUCUUCUAUAAUAAGUGUUUUAUGUACUACAUAAGUAACAAAUAUUUAAUGAUUAAGUUGCAUGUUUGUAAUGGUGUCGUUCGUCACCAUGUUGCUACUUUUAUCGUCUCAUAUUUUUGUUACAUAUUGGAAUGUUCCUAAACUUCUCAAUUAUUAAUAAUAGUAUUUAAGAUAUAUUUUCAUA